AAAUACAAAGGUGAGGACCAGAGCGAAGGCAAAAAGAAGGAAGAACGGAAUGAAGCAGGAGUAUCAGCAGGACCUGCAUUCACGUACAUUUGUUUAGUCACUCUAGAACUGAGUAUGGCCAGUGCUUUGCAUUACUGCUUUCUGAUCCUGAUUUUCGGCAUUCCAAUGCACGAAUGUACGGCGGUACUCCUAAAUGGCAACUGUGUACCUCUGGAACCCUGUUUUGACCUGAAUGUGAUGGCUAAUAUGGCCGAGCGUGUCAGCAAAGACGUGAUAGCUGCGGAUGGUGAGAAGAUCCUGCUGAAGCACAGCUCCUUUGAUAAAAUUCGGAAAAAGAAAAAUCUACACAGCUGUGUCCUGCAGAAGAUCAUUAAUCUAUUUCAGAAUGUUCUGGAAAAGACAAAGAAGAACGACGUCCAUAACAGCAAAGAAUUAAACCAUCAUCUUGAGCUUAUACACAUUAUGGAUCAACUCAGACACUGUGUGUAUAAGACAAAAAAUAGAUGUACGAAACUAUACAAGAUGUCUGACAUAACCACAACUUCCUCUCCAAUGAUUUCGGAGAAAAACAUGACCCCAAAUCAGCUUGCUGUCUUACAGCUACAAAAACUGAAGUCUGCUAGUAAGAGGCUCAAUGAUGUGCAUAUCCAGGAGUCGGUUAUGGAUGAGCUGAAAACCCUCCAUUUCUACAUGGAGGGAAAAGGCUUCCGAAAAAAUACACAAAUGACUGAGGAGAAGCAUGGCGUUUCAUGAAUUCUGGCCUACAAUGUGUUAUGUCAGUUUUCUGCCUGAUCACUUUAAGACGUGCCAAUAAAAAGCUAUCUCUUCUGAAUGA